AUGCUGGCACUUCGUGUUGCAGCUCGACGUGGAUUCGCAUCACUUCGCGAAAUUGCUGGAGAACAAGAUGCAUCGCUUCUUUAUGAGCCGAAAUUUGUAGACAGCAGAGAGUUUCCAGAGUAAGGUUUUUUAACAAUAAAAAAUUAUUAUCCUCAAUAAAAUGAACAGAACUAGGUCACGUUGAAAACAAAUUGAAUAUAUAUUUUUUUUUGAAAUUAAACAGGAAAAAAUUAUGAAUAAAGAAAAUACGUCAACGUGACCUAGUUUAUCCAUUAAAAAAUUAGAAACCCAAGUUCAUUUUUAAUGUUUUGGCUUGUGGGAACCACGAAAUAUAUUCCCAAUCGAGUUUGAAAAAGCGAAAUUUCAGAUAUAACACAAUAAAUGUUCGAAUUCAAGGAUAUGAUUUUGGACCAUUAGAAAAAUUUCAAUCCUAUAUUCAUCAAACUGCGAAAAGAUUCGGAUUCAAUGUUGUUGACAGGUAUUUUUUAAAAAUAAAAUCACAAAAUCCUGAUUGAUAUUUUAGCUAUGCUUGUUCUGCUCAAACCCAUCGUGCAAUCACAUACAAACCUCAUUCAACAGUCGGAGAAGCUGAAAUGGAAUUGUCAGUUUAUGAUCGUGUUGUUAGAUUGGAUGCUGUAUCAGCACCAAGAUUAUCAUUGCUCACACAAAUUUUACAAGCACAUAUUCCUGUUGGAGUCACGGUUGGUUUUUUUUCGGAUGAAAUUUAGGGCGAAGCUGAAAUUUUUAAACAUAGGUAUUUUCAGUUGACAGUCAAGGAGCACGAAAAAGCCGACGAAGAUUAUCGUUACAUUCCUGAUCUUUUACUCAAAGAAAAACAAACCGAAUUGAAAGCAUUGGAUGAUCCAAAUGUUCGUAGAAAUCUUGGAUGGGAAUAG